AUCCAAACCAACAGCUAACAGGCUCUCAGUUAUUAAUUUAAAGGAAAGAAAAAAAGUAGAUAAACAACCUUUACUCUCUCUUUCUCUCUUCAGGUGCCGACAGAGCGCUUGUUCGAGCACCUUCCUCUUCAAUUCAUUUCUCACCAACUCUCUCCCUCUCUCUUCCUUGAGAUCUUGGAAACCCUAACCCUAACUUCUCCGGGAGCUUCUCGACCCUCGCCGCGGAGCGAUGGCCGUUGCACCGCGUGUCGCGGCCCGAGCCCUAGCCCUAGCCGUGACCGUCGUCCUCCUCGCCGCCCCGGCCGCUGGGAACUCCGAGGGCGACGCGCUCUUCGCCCUCCGACGGAGCCUCUCCGACCCCGACAACGUCCUUGAGUCCUGGGAUCCCACACUCGUCAACCCCUGCACCUGGUUCCACAUCACCUGCAACCAGGAGAACCGCGUCACCAGACUGGACUUAGGAAAUUCGAAUCUGUCAGGCCAUUUGGUACCUGAACUUGGAAAGCUUGAACAUUUGCAGUAUCUGGAGCUUUACAAAAACAACAUUCAAGGGACAAUCCCAGCUGAACUUGGUAAUCUAAAGAGCCUGAUUAGCUUGGACUUGUAUAACAACAACAUUUCAGGGAUUAUACCUCCAACACUGGGCAAACUGAAGGCUUUGGUAUUCUUGUGAGGUCAUGUUAUCUUUUUUCCUUCCCAUAUUAUACUUUUUCCUCAGAAUAAUUUACAUGGAUUAUUCUCAACUGAAUACAACCUGUUAUUGGUGUUUUCUAUAUGGGCAUCAAUCACAUCACAUCACGUCAUUCGGACAGCUCAAUAACAACCAAUUAACCGGACCAAUCCCAAGGGAACUUGUUGGAAUUUCUAGUCUCAAAGUUAUAGAUGUCUCAAAGAACAACCUUUGUGGGACCAUUCCUACCUCUGGACCUUUUGAACACAUCCCCUUGAACAAGCUUAUGUCAAUGGCAAGCGAAAGUUCACCUAUUUCUGUGGCGGAUAAUGAGCAUGAGGAUUGUUAUGUCAAGGAUGGUAAAGCAAAAUCAAAGGUAUGGAUGCACAUGGUCAAGCUUCCAACUGAAGAUAAGGACAUAUUGAAAGCACAAUGCAAGUAUUGCAAGGAGAUUUUUUCAGCUGCUUCUAAGAAUGGUACGUCUCAUAUAUGGCGCCACUUAAAAAGAUGUUCUAAACGUUUUCAUCAUGACAUAAGGAAUUACACUAUUUCAACUGAAACCACAACUUCUGGAAGCACAUCUUUGCAUUUGAAAAAUCCCAAGUUUGAUCAGGAAGAAGUUCGUAGAGCUAUUUGUAUGUUUAUUGUUGCUGGUGCACAUCCUUUUAGAACUUGUGAGGAACCUGGUUUUAAAUAUAUGGUAUCUGUUAUGUGUCCUCAAUACAAAACCAUGAGUAGGCAUACUAUUAGGAGAGAUGCAUUGAAAUAUUACAUGGAUGAAAUGAAGGUUGUGAAGGAGGAGUUAGCACAAGCACCGGGAAGAAUCUGUUUGACUUCUGAUAAUUAGAAAAAUGAUUACACACAAGAUGAAUAUAUUUGCAUCACAGCACAUUGGAUUGACAAUAGUUGGAAGUUGCAAAAAAGAAUAAUUAGAUUUGCAGCCUUAACCCCCCCUUUUGAUGGGCUUUCUAUUGCUGAUGAGGUCGCUUUAUGCUUGGCUCAAUGGAAAAUUGAUAGUAAGGUUUUUACCUUGACAUCGGAUAAUGCAUCUUAUAAUAAUACCAUGGCUACUUCUCUCAAGAUUCGUCUUCUUGCAAAUAAAUCUCUCUUGCAUGGUGGUGAUUUUUUUCAAAUUCGUUGUUGCUGCCAUAUUAUAAAUCU